GGAAAUAAGCACGAAAACUUGACCUCGAAGUCCAUGCAACUCAAGGGUAGCGACUUUGCAUCAGAAAACCUACGACAUGGAUCCUAAGAAAUUUGGCGAUAUCGCAGGACGCUUGAAAACAGGAGGAAAAGGUUUUGGAACAGGUCUUGGAUUCCUCGCCGCUGCUGGAGGACUUGCGUAUGCUGUGUCGCAAUCGGUCUACACAGUGGACGGUGGUCACAGAGCCAUUAUAUUUAGCCGAAUCGGUGGCGUAAAGGAUGAUGUCUUUGUCGAAGGCCUGCAUUUCAGGAUACCUUGGUUCCAAUACCCAAUCAUCUAUGACAUCCGUUCCAGACCUAGAAAAAUUUCUUCUCCCACAGGAAGCAAAGACUUGCAGAUGGUAAACAUUUCACUGCGUGUGUUGUCAAGACCACUUGCUUCUCAGCUGCCACAGAUCUAUCGAAGCCUUGGGACAGAUUUUGAUGAGCGAGUGCUACCUUCUAUCUGCAAUGAGGUUCUAAAGAGUGUUGUGGCCAAGUUCAAUGCAUCUCAGCUGAUAACACAGCGCCAGCAAGUCAGUUUGUUGAUUCGGCGUGAGUUAACAGAGCGAGCCAAAGAUUUCAACAUUAUCCUUGAUGAUGUGUCUAUCACAGAACUCAGCUUUGGUCGGGAGUAUACUGCUGCUGUUGAAUCCAAGCAGGUUGCCCAGCAAGAAGCUCAGCGUGCCCAGUUUAUUGUGGAAAAAGCCAAGCAAGAAAAGCAGCAGAAAGUAGUGCAAGCCGAGGGAGAAGCUACAGCUGCUAAACUUAUUGGACAGUCUGUAAGCGCCAACCCUGGAUUUCUAAAGCUGAGAAAAAUUAAAGCAGCUCAGAACAUUGCCAGAACCAUCGCACAGUCCCAGAACAGAGCAUACCUAAAUGCCAGCACUCUAAUGCUGAACAUUGGUGAAAAAGACUUUGAUGAUGCUGCCGAUGCCCUUACUGCAAGGCGCAAAAAGUGAAAGCAUUUCCCACUGUCAUCAUGAUCACUUGUCCUUUUGGCUGUAACCUGAACUGUGUGGAGCACCGAGCAAUAAGUGUGGAAAACAGUUUGUACUAGAUUCAAAUAUGAAUUAGUUUUAGAGACCAAGAGGGAUGAUAGUUUUUGGAAAUUUGCCAGAAUAGCUUUACAAUAGGAUGUACAGAGCAUCUAUUGCCUUCAAGAUUUAGUCAUGUCGUCUCUGCAAUCAAGUUAAAAGCAGGUGCUACUGAUUAAUCGAUGCUACCAUUUUUUUCUUUAAAAGAGAGCCAAACCUUGCAAAUAUUUGAAAUAGCUUCGGUCAUUUGAAUUUUGUGUAAUAACUUUUGAAAGUCAUACCAUGAAUUAACAUUAUAAACAAGCAUCCAAAUACAUUGAAUACUUGCUGGUCAAAUGUUUGUGAAAAUGUGUUCUUUCUGGCAAAGAUGAAGUAAAGUCAUUGACCACAAGUU